AUGGCGGACAGCGCUGGGAGCGGCCGGGGGCCGCCGUGCCCCGGGGCGGCCGCGGCGCUGCGGCGGUGGGAGCACCUGCGGCGGCGGGCGGCGACGGUAGCGCCCUGGGCCCGCGGACUCCUGGCUGUGGCCGCCGGACUUGGCCUCUUUUAUGUGGUGCUGCGAGUGCCGCUCCGGCUCCGGGACGGUCUGGCGGCCGUGACUGUGUUCUUAAGCACUUUGACUCCGAAGUUCUAUUUUGCCCUGACAGUGACUUCAUCCUUUAUAUCUGGACUGAUAUUUGUGUUUGAGUGGUGGCAUUUCCGAAAGUAUGGCACCUCUUUCAUCGAGCAGGUCUCUGUCAGUCACCUCAGGCCUCUCAUUGGUGGCACAGAGAGCAGCCCCCCAGCCCCAGCUGCCUUCUCCUCUGGGGAGAGCGAGACCAGCAGGCAGGGAAUGCCAGAGUGCAAAGUGUGGCGAAAUCCUCUCAAUCUUUUCAGAGGAGCAGAGUACAGCAGAUACAUGUGGGUGACUGGGAAGGAGCCUCUUACCUACUAUGACAUGAACUUGUCUGCUCAAGAUCAUCAGAACUUCUUCACAUGCGACACAGACGCCCUGCGGCCCUCAGACACAGUUAUGCAGAAAGCGUGGCGAGAGAGGAACCCCCAGGCCCGGAUUAAAGCAGCCCAUCAAGCUUUAGAGUUGAACAAUGAUUGUGCCACUGCCUAUGUCCUCCUGGCUGAGGAAGAAGCAACAACUAUUGUGGAUGCUGAGAAAUAUUUCAAGCAGGCUCUGAAGGCAGGAGAAAUGAUUUACAGAAAGUCUCAGAACUGCCACUCCCAAAGUCCUCAACAUGAAGCACAGCUGAGAAGAGACACCAAUGUGUUGGUGUAUGUGAAAAGGAGGCUAGCUAUGUGUGCAAGAAAGCUUGGAAGAAUCCGAGAAGCAGUGAAAAUGAUGAGAGAUCUGAUGAAAGAGUUUCCACUUCUCAGCAUGCUGAACAUCCAUGAAAACCUCUUGGAGGCACUGCUGGAGUUGCAGGCUUAUGCAGAUGUCCAGGCAGUGCUAGCGAAGUAUGAUGAUAUCAGCCUGCCCAAAUCAGCAGCAAUAUGUUACACAGCAGCCCUGCUGAAAGCCAGAGCUGUGUCAGAAAGAUUCUCCCCAGAAACUGCUUCCAAAAGAGGGCUCAGCACAGCAGAAAUUAAUGCCGUGGAAGCAAUUCACAGAGCUGUGGAAUUUAACCCUCACGUUCCAAAGUAUUUACUAGAAAUGAAGAGCUUGGUGCUUCCUCCAGAGCAUAUUCUGAAGCGAGGGGACAGCGAGGCAGUAGCAUAUGCAUUUUUCCAUCUCCAGCACUGGAAAAGGAUAGAAGGAGCUCUCAACCUGCUGCACUGUACCUGGGAAGGCACCUUCAGGAUGAUCCCGUACCCACUGGAGAAAGGUCACCUCUUCUACCCCUACCCGAGCUGCACAGAGACAGCAGACAGAGAGCUGCUGCCAACAUUUCAUGAAGUGUCUGUGUACCCCCAGAAGGAGCUUCCCUUUUUCAUCCACUUCACAGCAGGCCUCUGCUCCUUCUCGGCGAUGCUGGCCCUCCUCACGCACCAGUUCCCGGAGCUGAUGGUGGUGUUUGCUAAAGCUGUGCUGCGGGUGCUGUGGCCUGUGAGUGCUCCCAGUGUCCUGGCCUCCAGCUGAGCGACUGUACCAGGGUGCUUUGAGACUCUUCACCCAUCAGCUUCGUUAUGGAAAACAUCAAGGUCCUUCUGCUGUCCAGUCUCUGGCACCAGCUGACUCCAGGGUGACUGGAGUCUGUUUUGUUGUUCUCAGGAGCUGGUUAGCUGACCCAUAGACAUGGGGUGGGGGUCAGGAAGAAAGCUCUGCCAUUCAAGCUGGUCUCUUUGGCAAGCUUCCACGUUGGUACUGGUGCUUAAUGUGUGGGUUUCUUUGGGCUCAGUCUGUAAUCAUCUAAGAUAGAUUUGUUGAGCAAUACCUUCUUGCUCUCAUUAGUCACUUGUGCAACUGGAAGCUGAUAGUUCCUCUGUAAGAAAAGAGAAGACACAAGCAGAGCAGAUGUUUGGAGCAUUGACACUUCCUCCUCAGCUGCAGAUGCACAGCUAGUUGGCUUAGAUGGGAUUUUAUAAGCCCUUUCCAGAGUAUUUGUUAACAGCAAAGUGUGGUCCUGCUUGCUUUAUUAAAAGGCUGCUUCUUAACA